GCAUCCGUCGCUCAUCUAGUCAUCUGUCAUUCCAAGUUGGCAACUAUUACUGCCAAAGACGCGCACCUCACAUCAACCCUACCGGUCACGAAUCAGUCACUUAUAACAUAAAGUAUUUUCGUUGAACGAAGACAGUGUGUGCAGUCCCGUCCACUGUACUCAGCACAAUCACCAAACGUCUAUUAAGUAUCAGCCUAAAUUCCAAAAUGCCCGUCAAAGUUGGAGAUACCAUACCCAGCAUAGAUUUGUUUGAAAACACACCUAACACAAAAGUUAACAUCUCGGAACUGUGCAGUGGAAAAACUGUUAUACUUUUCGCCGUUCCUGGAGCAUUCACUCCAGGCUGCUCAAAGACACAUUUGCCUGGCUAUGUAAACACUGCUGAUGACUUGAAAAGUAAAGGUGUCGAUGAGAUUGUCUGUGUUUCUGUGAAUGAUGCGUUUGUCAUGGCAGCUUGGGCUCAAGAUCAAAAAGCUGAGGGAAAAGUUCGAUUAUUAGCUGAUCCCAAUGCAGAACUCACAAAUGCUUUUGAUUUGGCCAUUAACUUGCCACCAUUGGGCGGUACUCGUUCCAAAAGAUACUCAAUGUUAAUCAAAGAUGGUAAAGUGGAACAAUUAAAUGUUGAGCCAGAUAACACUGGAUUGUCUUGUUCAUUAGCUAAUAAAAUUGUUUUGUAAACUUCUCAUUAUUUUAUUUUAUACAUUUUUUUUUUUCAAAAUUAAUUUCAAUGAAUCAAUUACUAAAUAUAGUGCUUUAACAAGAUAUAUACUAAUUUUGAUGCAAAAAUUAUAGAUCUAUAUUAUUUAAUUUUCAAA